UUCAGUUGAACGUGAACGCUCCGCCAGUAAGGACGCAACCGCAGCAGCGCUAAGGCAAUUUGCAACGACAACCAGCAAAUAUUAAUCACUUACAGUGUUACAGUGCAACGCAAUACAAGCCGAGCAAUCGCACAACUCUUGUAAAUAAUUAUAAUACGAAAUGCAAAUUCAAUGCGAACUACGAUUUCGCUAAAUGAAAACUCACAAAGAAAUAUCGAAUUGCCAAAAUAAUUGACGUGUCGCAGUGUGUGCUAAUAUGUAGUCGCUUUUAGCGCAACAACAAACAUUGCUAACGGCACAAUAGUGUUUGUAGUAGUUGCAUUUAACAGUGUUGAUAAGAAGUGUGCUUAGUUCGAUCUCAGCUGAGCGGCAGUUAACUGUUAAGUUAGGCCAUUUAAGUUAGUUAUGUUAUUGCCAAGGGACAGGGCAGCAACGGGAAAAGGUAAAAGGCCGCUAGCGGCAUUCGUGUGAAAGCUAAGCGCGAAUCUGCCGGUCGGCCGGCAAACACGCUCGUUCGCUGUGUAGUUAUUCAGAACAAGUUAAUGAAGUUACAAUGAAAAUUUAUGCGGUUUAUCGCGAUUAAUGACACAACCUAAAACACCAAAAUAAAAUAACAAAACAAUAAUAAAGAACACGAAAUUUCGAAGAAAACAGUCUUGCAUAGACUACAAUCAACUAACGCUAACGUCCAUCAACCAACCACCUAAUCUAAGUAAAUAGCUGUCAAAAUGUUGGCCAUGUCACAAGGUUUCUUCGAUAAUCCAUAUGCUCAAAUACGUGCGCCAACAACAGCGAUGCGCCCACCACGUGGCGACAGUCCGCUCAACAGCACAUCGGCACUCGAUUUGCAGACAUCGAGCCGAGCACAGGUGCCGCCACCGCCACCGCCGCCGCCGAGAUACCACACUGACCAAGGAGCUAUGGACCAGCAAUUCUGUCUACGCUGGAACAAUCACCCGACGAACUUAACUGGCGUGCUAACCUCGUUGCUGCAGAGGGAGGCACUAUGUGAUGUGACGCUGGCAUGCGACGGUGAAACAGUCAAGGCGCAUCAAACGAUUCUAUCAGCAUGCAGCCCAUAUUUCGAGACAAUUUUCCUGCAAAACCGCCAUCCACAUCCCAUCAUCUAUUUAAAAGAUGUCAGAUACUCAGAAAUGCGCUCCCUGCUCGACUUCAUGUACAAAGGCGAAGUCAAUGUCGGUCAGAGUUCGCUGCCGAUGUUCCUCAAAACAGCCGAGAGUCUACAGGUUCGUGGUCUAACGGACAACAACAACCUCAACUAUCGCACGGAACACCGCGAUUCGCCCAUAUCCUCGCCCACCGGCCGUACACCGUACAGUAGUGGCGGUCUCGGUGGUGGCGGCAGCGGCGGUAGCGAAUGUGAGCCACGCGAACGCGAUCAACAGUUACGUGGCCGUGCCACCGAACGCGAUAUGCGCGACGAAAUGCAUUCACAUCGCAGCAGCAGCAGUUUAAGCGAACGCAAUGCCGCCGCCGCUGCAGCAGCAGCAGCUGCCACCGCUAAUGUGAGCAGUGUGAGUGCCAGUCUACAAUCCGCUGCAGCAGCUUUGGGUUUGGGAGAACGUUCGCCAAUCACAGCAGCCGCAAUGGCGGCCGCAGUAGCGGCUGCGGCCACGCGCAGUGCCAGCGCAGAUCCGCUCAGCGGUUCGACGAAUACAGCCUGUUCUGGCGGCAGUAUCAGCGGUGCUGGUGGCAUAUUAAACAGUCGCAUCAGCGAUGCGAAUAGUGAGCGUAGUGUUAGCGGUGGCGGUGGUGCCGGCAAUGGGGGCAGCAGUGGUGAUCGCAGCAGCAGCAUUGGACGCGAACGCGCCGAUAGUCGUGAUGAACUCAUGCAGCUAGACUAUAGUAACAAGGAUAACAGAGAUCGUGAUAGAGAGAUGUCCACCACGCCGGUGGAGCAUAUAGGUAGUAAUAAGCGAAGACGUAAGAACUCAUCCAACUGUGAUAAUUCGUUGACCUCGACGCAUAACGCAAAUGUACAGGACAGGCACUACACUCAGGAUUCUCAGGCAUCCUCGCGCAGCAAUUUCAAAUCGAGUCCCGUGCCAAAAACUGGCAGCACGUCUGAAUCGGAGGAUGCCAUCAUCACAGGUGUUGGCGAACGACGCGAUUCACCACUCUCCGUCAGUCAAUUGAGUAUCAGUGGUGGCGGUCUAGGUGGCGUGGGUAGCGGUAGUGUUAGUGCGAUUCCCAGUAGUAUUGGUCUCAGUCAUGCGCUUAGUAUUAAACAAGAAUUAAUUGAAGCACAACAACAACAGCAACAGCUGCAACAACAACAACGUGAGACUCAUGUACCUUUGCCAACCGAAUACUUACCGCCCGGUGCACUGAAGCUACACUCCGAGGAAAUGUCUCAACUAUUAUCCUCACAUGGUCUACAGCAAGAGAGUCGAGAGGAUCAGAACGAUGGUAAACAGCUACCGCUGGAUCAGUCGGAUAACAUUGAUGGGCAAUUGGGACGUCAUCAUCUAUCCGUUACACCGCUAUCGACAACAUCAUCCGGUUCACCGCCGCCACCACCACCACCACCGCACGCGCUCACCAUGCAUCUGAGUGCCGCGUUAAAAAACGAAUACCAUCAAUUCGACAUUAUACGCGCCGGCGGUGGCAAUCACAACACUAACGGCGGCCCACCAUCACAUCUCUACAAUCAAACAUCGCCGGGCGGUUUAGGCAAUGGGCCCGGCGCCAAUAGCGCCAUCGUACACAAUUCGCAUCAUCAAAUGUCCUAUCACAAUAUGUUUACGCAAUCACGCGAACCGGGUACAAUGUGGCGUUGCCGCUCCUGCGGCAAGGAGGUCACCAACCGAUGGCAUCACUUUCACUCGCACACCGCACAGCGCUCACUGUGCCCCUACUGUCCGGCCACCUACAGCCGCAUCGACACGCUGCGCUCACACCUGCGGGUGAAACACCCCGAGAGAUUGCUUAAAUUGAGCCCAACAUUGUAAGUAGCGCAGCAGUGGCAGCAAUAAGCGACGAUGACGCUACAAAGAGAGGCUGUACUGAACUGCGCCACGGAAAAGAGUUGUAUAAACCAUUCUACACAUACACAUGCGUAUGUAUGUAUGCAUAAAAUUUCAAUUUUUAACUAAAAAAAAAAAGCGCGAAAAACACACACAUACAUACGUACAUAUUUAUAUUCAAUAGCUCAAGUGGUGUAAUCAGCAAAAUGGUAGUGAGCACAUAUAUACACACAUACUUAUACAAUUCAAAUAUAUACUAGCAAAAGAGGCAAUGAGACAUAUACAUAGACGCAUACAUAUACAUACAUAUGAAAACGCCAAAAAUUAAUCAAGCAGCAAAGAGUCUGUGUAAAUAUAUAUGUACAUAGAGUUACUCACAUAAUAAAUGAUCGUUUUCAUAAUCGUUGAGGGGCUGUUUAGUGGCAGCCAACAAUACAACGGACCAACAGACAUGCAUUUGUGUUUGCAAUCUUGCAACUUGCACGAAGAAAUGCGCUAAUUGCCAACAGCACGUCAACCCGCAGCCACCGAAAGCUAGCGAGCGCCAACUGUUCCACCAAAAAACACACACACAACUAAAUGAGCGAGCUCAAUUGUCAUUCGCUCUCACAUAUGUACAAUAUAAAUGUAUGUUUGCUACUAUUGUUAUAAUUAUUAUUAUUAUAUAUACAUACAUAUAUAUAUGCUUAGAUGCAUGCUUAACUAAUAUUAUAUAGAUUUUGUAACUCAAUACCUUUUAGCGGUGUACUAUUUCAUGUGCUGAUCGGCGAUCGUAAUAAGUGUGUCCUAUUAAAUUUAUGUGUACAUAAAGAAUAUACUAUAUAUAGAUACAUGCAUAUAUACAAAUAUGUAUAUGCAUAAAUGUUAGCAAUUAAAAACUAAACUGAAAAAAAUUUAUAUGCAUAAUUUUAAUCUCUCGUAAGGGGUUCCUUUUUCUCAAGGAAGUAAGGUCAGGCAUAGUUAAUCUUAAGUUAUAUGAAAAACAAAUUAUUUUUAACGAUUUCCUCGGUAUUUUCAAGUGAGUUUGCAAAUAUUUAUUAUUGGAAACCAUUGAAAAAUCAGAACUACAAAUAAUCGUGUUGAGUUUUUAAAAGCGUAGUAAGAAUAACCGUAGUUUUCGUUGUGUUUUACCACUAAAUUUGCCCUAGAAAUAACAACAACGAUUUCUUUAAAUUAAAUAGAUUAAUACGCAUUCAGCUCAAAAUAUUUAAGAGAAAUUUUAGAGUUUUCAAAGCACCUGUAAUGCACUCUCAAGAUAACAACACAUAUUUGUACAUAUGUGUAUAUAUUUACAUAAGUCAAGCAUUAAAAGUAGACUAAUAAUAUACAAAAAUAGAUAAAGAUUAUACUAUAAAAAUGUCUUUCAUACUAGAAGAUUAGGUAACAUUUAAAAUCCGUGCAACAAUAACAUUUCAAAAACACUGUAGCGUAUUGAAAUCGGUUAAUAAUGUAUUUUGCUCUUACAAUCUUAAGCUGCAGAAAACAAUUUUGAAUAUAAUAUUUUGGAAAUAAAGAUUAACGAACGCGAUUUAACAAAUAUUAGUGUUAAUCACUUUUUCAAUAACAAUAGAUAAUUAUAAAAAUGUAAAUUAAAUGAUUUUUUAAGCAAAAUUCAGCGGAACCAUAAAUUUUAUAUAUUUCAAAAUUUUGUGAAAAAUAUAAAAAUAUUUGAUUCGUAGCAAUUUUAUUACUCAGACGAUAUUAUAUACAAAAUUGGUUUUUUUUUUUUUGGAACUAAAAUUCAGUACAGCAAUAAAUUUUAUAAAUUUCCAAAAUUCUGUAAAAAUAGGAAAUAAUUUUUUCAACAAAAAACUUUUAUUCGGAUUUUCGAGUCUAAUUUUUUUUGUUUACUCUAUUGCUUUUGUUUUGGAUAUCAUCUUUAUAUAACUAAAAAUAAUCUGAAUGCCAUCGUCACCUAAAAUGACAAACAGCGUAUCGAGAAUCGCUGUCAGAUAUAAUAACCAAUAUAUAACAAUUUUAUAACCCAAACUCAAAUAUUGUUUCAAUAUGAGUGUAUGAUAACCAAAAUAUAACCAUUUUGGGACCAAAACUCAAAUUUUGUUUCAAUAUGAGUACAUUGUAUUAUAAUGUUUUUCUUUCGCCUGUUUACUUAUGAAAAGUGAUGUUACGUUUUUUGCAUUUUAAGUGACGAAUAUUUAGCUUUUCUGUAAUAUUACCGAAAAACACAGUUGUUUCUUACAUAGAUAUAAUACUUAAAAUUCAGUACUAGCUUUAAAGUAAAUAAAUUAUUGCUUAAAAAAUAAUAAUUAUAUGUUUCUAAACAACUAGUUUCGACCCGAUUGCUUAUAAUUAAAAAAAGCUUUAUUUAUCUUCAAAUUUCUUAAGUAAAUAAAACAAAAGUUAACAGUUUGACAACUCGCUGCUGAAACUUGCUUACAAAAGUUACCAAAAUCUAACCCGUUACUCUUUUUAAUCGCAUUUUCUUACUCUAAUUACGCGCAACCAAGAGAUAGCGCAUGCCCACUCUCGAAUAAUUCAAAGUUUGACUAAAUAAUGAGAAAAUUAACUAAAGUAAAACACAAAAAUCAAAAUAAUCAAAGGUUUCAGAACAGGCAAUUUUUAACUAAGUAAAUGACAGAAAUACGAGUAGCAUAAACAAAAAUAACUAAAUAUUUGCAAAACUGCACAACUAAAAAUACUUGACUAGCUAUAAGCUGAAAAUUAAAGUAUAAAACGUAGAGGAAAUCAAAUGAAAUAUGAAAUUUAAUGUGAAGUGUCUAAAGAUAAAA